AGGCAAUACGCGUGCUUGGCCACCUGGUUUAUGCUGCUGCUGGUGCAGUACUGCGUUGUGCGCUUGGUGUGCCAGCUGGGAGUUCCCAGAGACUGCCACCCAGACAGCAGCCUGUUGGAGGUGAUGCACGACUUCCAGGUGAUGUUCAUAAUGGGCUUCCUUCUGGCGGUCCUCACCGGGGUGCAUCUGCCCUCACGGUUCGAGUACCUCUUCCGCUUCAGCCGGCCCCGGCCCCGCGGCCUGGCCUUCCUAGCAGUGAUGACCCUCAGCGGCCCCGGUUGGGGUGCCUUGGACCUUGUGCCGGCACUCACCACGAUCUCCUUGACCACUGCCUUCUUCAGGGAGAGCUGGGUGAACGUGAUGAUCGGUGUGGGCAUCGCCAGCUGUGCUUUCGCCUUUCUGCUCUGGCACUUCGUGUGCGCCUACCGACACAACCCCCUCUCAGGUUUCUUGGCCUACAGCGUCUCCCGGCUCUCGAUUUGGAUCUUCUAUGCCUCGUAUCUCUAUGUGGCGUCGCAGACGGCAGGGGUCUACAUUCAUUUGCACCACUACAUCAUCGGUUUCCUGGUGGCGCUGCUGGCGGAGUUCAACCAUCCGAUCUCUCUGGUUCUGCUCGCUGCAGGAACGGGCGUCUUUGUGCAGGGCAUAUCUGCAUACGAUGCUGAUCCUGUCAUUGAAAAGACGCGAAGCUUCUUCCUCUUCUGAGAGCCCGAAGAGGAAGGCCAAGUUAGAGCGCAGCACCGGACAUCAUAGGUGUCCUUUUUGGUUGGU